CUUUGUUGUUAUUUAGUUACUUGUUCUGUUUGUGUUCUUGGAUCCUAGCUAGUAAGACUAAGAUACUUGAAAAGAGGAAAAAUUAGUCUUUUUUUAAGAGUCAUGCAUGUCAAUUAGUGGAUACCUAAUUUGAUUAAUUAAGAGUAAUUGACUCGUGUAUAAAUAGUUAGUUGUCCUUACUUUUCAAUGCUUUCAUAUUCAUUUUCUUCGCUCCAUCCCCAUUUCUAGUUAAUUCUAACUACUCUGAGAAAUUUCAUCCUUCCUUGUUUAAAAGUGAGAUCAGAGAAACUAAAUAUGUUGUGUAGUAGUAAUAACAACUCUGAGAAAAUGAUCAUCUCUUCUUCAACAACUACUAAUACUACUACUAAUGAAUGGUCACAGAGAGAUGAGAGUACUGGAAUAUUAAUGGCUCCAAAUGGUAAUAACAAUAAUAGGGUUAUGGAGAAAACAGCAACCCAAGAACAGCAUCAGCAACAACAACAACAGCAGCAACCUCAUUUGAAAUGUCCUCGUUGUGAUUCUUCAAACACAAAGUUUUGUUACUACAACAACUAUAGUUUAACUCAACCAAGACAUUUCUGCAAAGCUUGUAAGCGUUAUUGGACCAGAGGUGGAACUUUGCGUAACGUUCCAGUCGGUGGUGGUUAUAGGAAGAAUAAAAGGGUUAAAAGGCCAGCUACCGCCUCUAGUAACGAUACGGCGUCCUCAAAUCUAACAACUACCACAAAUAGCGCUGCUCAUCACCAUAUCUCUAGCAACCCUAACCAGAUGAUGAGUCCAUUGUUUUAUGGAUUACCUACAAAUCAAUCUUCUUAUAUGAAUCUCUCAUUUCCUGGUUGUGAUCAACAUCAUCAGUCUCAGUUAAGCAGUCUGGGGUUGAGUUAUCCUUCAAUCGCAGCCAUGGCUAAUAAUAAUCAAUCUCAUGAAGAUUAUGGAGUCGGUGGCGGGUAUAAUCGUACCACUCAAGUUCAAGAUUUGAUCAACUCAUCUUCAAAUUCACUUUCUAGUUUUUCGCUCUUCGGAUCUUCAUCUCCUUCUUCAAGAACUUCUGCCUUGAUGAUGUUUAAUGGUACUAAUAAAGAAAGCAGGAACAACGGUACUACUUAUCACCAGGGCUUGCUGCCUUUCCAAGACCUACAAAUGGGAAUGAAUGAUGACAACUCGAGGAUGUCAAGGAAAGAAGUGAAGAAUGAAGAUGGUAAUAAUAAUCACAGCAACAACGAAAAUGGUAACAACAAGAUCGAGUGGAAUAAUCUUCCAUGCCAAAGUCAGGUAGGCGCCGCCGAUUCGUCUCUUUUUUGGAACUCAAAUAUGACCAGUACUUUUGGUACUUGGCCCGACCUUGCUAACUACGGGUCGUCAGUCACUUCCCUGAUCUAGGCAGCAGAACCUAGUAGCAUUAGCAGCAUCUCUAGGUCUUUUCUUCUCUGGUCUUUCUUUAGUUGUUAGGUGAUAGAGUUUUAUGUGGGUUUCUUUUUUUCCUUUUCUUUUCUCCUUCUAGUUCAUGGUACAUUUGGGUGGGGAUUACUGAUCAAAGAUCAAAAAAAAAAAAAAAAAAAAAAAAAAAAAAAAAAAAAGAAAAAAAAAAGUAGAAUUAAGUAGCUAAUAUCAUCGAGAACUUGAAAGGAGUACAGAUCGGAGCGAUCAUGUCAGUUGCAAACACUACAACUUAAUACAUUAGAUGUUUGCUCUGAGAGGAACCUCCGAUCUUCAUCAUCAUACAACACAUGCUAUCCUGGUAGUAGAAGUUAGUCACGUGGUCGUCGUCAUCAUCAGCGGCAACAGCAAGAAGCAUACAACUGCAAGGAUACAUAUACAAAGGAUGGAUUAACUUCCUUAAUGUUGAAGAAGUUGGGGAUGUUAAUUGAUCCUUUUUGCAUGCCGAGCAGUCCUAGUAAUUUGUUGAAUAUUUUGUUUGGGUGUAUAUACAUGCUUGGCAUUGGGUUUAUUUCUUGGAACUUAAAUGUUAUUAGGUGGUCGGGUUUUCGUUUAGAGGGAUACUGUUUUAGUAGUACAAACACUCCAAGAGAAAUUAAUAUUACCAGAGGGGGAAAGAAUAGGUUUUCUGUUAUUUAUUUAUUUAUUUUGAGUUUACAUUAUCAUGUUUAAUUUGGUUCACGGGAAAAGGGGGUUGGUAUAGCAAUAUAGAAUUAAGAGGGGAUAUCUAUAACUUGGUUAUUGUGGGUGUUUUUAAUGAAGUUCAUGUUUGAAUUGUUCGGUUAAUUGUUUUUACUGUGGGUUAAUGCUGUUUUAUUUUUCAA